GGCGAGCGCCGCAGUUCUUCCGCGUGCUCGUUCGGUACCGGACGUCAGACAGGGCCGGCUCUUGAAAGGCGCGCAAGCGAGAUUUUCAGAUUGCGAGAUACAGACGAGUUUUUUUGGGAUUUUUCUUGUUAUGAGUUUUGAUUGAGUAUUUUGUUGAUUGGAUUACCAACUUGGAUUGUUUGAGUUAAUUCCGAGAACUUUGGCUGUUGGAUCGGUGUGUAAUGAGAAAUCGAGUUUGAACUUUAAAGUGUCCAGGCAGAAAUGUACUGAACUUGGUGGAAACUAAUUAUAAACGAAGAGAGAGACAGAGCUAGUGCGAGUGUGUUUUUUUUACGUUUUUGUGUUUUAUGGGACUGAGGACAAGGACGAGCUUUUUCACUUAGGACCAUCGUAGCCUGUUUACGUCCCAGCCGAAGGAAAUGUGCCGAAACAUCGUCUUCGCCUUCCUGGUGGUGCUGAUUCAAGGGUCCUGCCAGGCCACCAUCAAGGUCGACCCGGCCACGCUGCCCACAUUUCUCACGUCCAGCCAAGUGUUCAGAGUCACCGACAAGGAUACUGUGGUUUUACCGUGCGAUGUCUCCAAUUUAGGAUCUUACGUCAGGGUUUGGAAAAAGGGCAACGCAGUAUUAUCAGCAGGAGCAAUAAAGGUAUAUCCCGAUCCGAGGAUAAGUCUCAUUCAGGGAUACAACCUAGAGAUAAAAGAGGCUAGCCCUCAAGAUGCUGGAGAUUACGUCUGUCAAAUUGCCACCAUUGAACCAAGAGAAAUUACCCAUACAGUUGAGAUACUAGUACCCCCUCGAAUAUUCUACGUUUCCUCCAACGGCAGAGUGGAAGCUAAGAAAGGAUCAUCAGUCAGAUUGGAAUGCAAAGCUUCAGGAAACCCUGUGCCCAAGAUCACGUGGUCCCGCAAGAACAACAUUCUACCUGGAGGAGAACAGACAGCUAUCACUCCGUUCCUCAACUUGGAAAGCGUUGACAGGCAUCAGGCUGGGAUAUAUCAGUGCUCGGCCAGCAAUGGUGUCGGUGAGGAUGUCACUCAGCAGAUUGUCCUUCAUGUCCUCUAUCCUCCAGAAAUAUCAGUGGAAAGUCCUAUCGUCCAUUCAGCAGAAGGAUUCGAAGCUCAAUUAGUGUGCAUUGUUCAUGGUGAAAGUCAACCAGAGGUGUUAUGGUAUAGGGACACUAUGCAACUUGACACCACAGAGAGAAGAAUAAUGGAGUCACGUGGAUCGAGGCAUACGCUAUUCAUUCGAAAGGUACACAGAUCCGAUUUCGGAAAUUAUACUUGUGUGGCAGAUAACCAAUUGGGAAAAACUAGAAAGAGCGUUCAACUCACAGGCAAACCGAAUGCAGCAAAAUUCAGCAGCGCAUCUAAAGGAAAUUGGAAGGACAGUUAUAACAUCAGCUGGGUGAUUCAGUCACUGAGUCCCAUUGAAGAAUACAAACUGUUGUUUAGGAGGCUGCCUGACUCUAUUACAACUUCUGAAGAUGGACAUCCGCAACCUUUGCAUCAUCAAAGUCAAAAGAAACUCUUCUUUGGCAAAGAAAACAGGACAUACAGCGGCACUGGCGGCGUGGUGAGUUACAGCAGUGGCGGAUCUUCUUAUGGUCACGGACGACAAUACAUCGAUCGCAGGACAGACUGGAGGGAUGUCAUCCUGCCAGCUCCAUCCCCUUCGCAAUCUACUGGAAUCCAGACCAUGAAUUAUAUAAUACGUGGCUUAGAUCCCGGUCAAAACUACGAGGCAAAAGUGCAGGCUAGGAAUAAAUUCGGUUGGAGCCCAUUCUCGGAGAGUUUCACAUUUCAGACCACAGAUUUGGACAUGUCAUAUCCAGAACGACCUCAACUUCCAAGAAACGUUUAUAAUGAAAACGAGAUUCGUGAUAUGGGAAUAAGGAUGUACGGAUCGUACAGCAGCAAAGCUGAAAUAUGCAUAUUCCUGUAUUUGAUCGGUGUCCUGCUCAUAGUCCUUUCCUAAACCUGAACUUCCCCUUUCCUCAUAUUUCAUUCUUCAUAUUCAUUUCUUCCUUAUGAAUUCACUGAACAGGUUGAACACACCAAGAAGUAUAUGUCUCUGCAUAUAGAAAUACUGCAGCAUAUGCAGUACCAACUUUAUGCUAUACACGGUGGCUAUCGGUGUUCUUAUUAGUUUUCAAAUAGGAGUGCUGUCGAUUUAAAUAUUCCAAUCUUUUUGAUAGUGUACAUUACUGGCCCAAAUCCAUGUAGAGGGUGUUUCAUAAUGAAAUGCUCAUCCUCAAAAGUGUGAACGCGGUGGUUUAUUUAAAUUCUUUUUUUUAUCACUUAAACAUUUACACUCCUCAGGAUUAUCUUAUUCCGAAACUCCCCUUAUAACCUUUUUAAUACCCGCCUCUUCGGUCCCAAAAAUUGAAAAUGUAUGAUAAUGCACAUGGUGGUCCCCACUUUCAAUUUAAAAAAGUAAGAACAAAACAAAUUGAAUGUUCUCAGAGAAGACGUAGAAAUUCAGGUCUUAAGAAUGAAAUAAUAAAAAAAUAACAUUUAGUUUCCGCUACCCCUUUUGGCUUCGUCCAUGUGCAUCCACGAUCACAACCACACCGAAUUUUUCUUAUUGGAAACUUCAACAGCAUCUCAUAUGGUUUUUGUUAAUAGAUAGCAUAUAGGUAUUCGAUUGUUUGUAUAAAACUGGUUUAUUGUAACUAUGUAGUUACUAUGUGAUUGAUACAAUUUCACUGUUUAAUGUUUUAGCUGGUACUAUAUUUCUAAAAUUUCAGUUUCCAGUUGAUGGGACUUUUCGAUCAUGGAAAAUCUAACAGAUUUUAUCGAGCCGUUCUAACUGAAUACUCAGAAGAUUGAAAAGCCCUAUCAAUUCUGUUGAAACAAUUUAAGUAUUCGACAGAUGUUAGGACACCGAAAAUGCUGAGUAAGAUGGGAAAAGUACGCUUAAAUAUGUUAAGAAUUCUUUGAACGAUGUUGAAGCCGGUGUUUUAACAUUAUUUUUUUACCCAUAAUGUUUUUGUCAAAGGGUCCAAAUAGCCUCCACUUCUACACUGUUUCUCUCCCGUGUAAUCAUUCUUGCUUCUUGUUGAAAUGAGAUAAGUGAAAGAAAAAGCUACUAAUAUUUAGCUGAAUUCCAACUCAAAAUGUAUUCGAAUGUUGCAACCUCUGAUUCUAGCAAUCUCCCAGCAAUAUCCCUCAAAUAUGUUUAGUGUCUGAAAAAGUAUUUGGAAAUUAUUGAAAUGAUAAUGAAUUUGUCUGUUCUUAUAAUUUUGUUAUACCUAUAUGUUAUAAAAUUAUAUCCAAAUGAAGAAUACUCUAUUAUUGGGUUGAAUUUUGAGGGUUUGCAAGAAGCAAGAAUGCAUACUCUACUCGAAGAUACCAAGUCCCUAUGAACCUGCCAUAUAUACGUACUCAUCUACAUGCUAAUUUUAUGUAAAUAUAAAAUAUGUAGUAAAGAAAGCUUUUGGAAUAUUUCGAUUCAUUCUAUCCGGAAGGAUCUAUUGUAAAUAUUUAAAUGUAUUGAGAAUUAUUAGCAUUAUAUCUUGAAGAGAAAGAAAGAUCGGUAUUUGAUGUGCAUGAAAUAAAUGAAAUGUGCGAAAUAUGAUGGAUGAGACCUUGAAUGAAAUACUUCUGUAUUAGCUAGAAAAAAUUAUUUUUAUUAUAUCAUAAACUUAAGCAGCUUAUAAGUGUCGUGAUACCAUAAAUGAUAAUCAUAUUGAUUCAAUGUUAGUUGAACAACACACCUGAUUGUUGGUUUCCAGAUACACAUUGGUUUUCUUUUUCAGAUUAUUGUGUGUAUAAAUAAUUAAGUACAUACAUAGAAUAAUUCUGUAUUGAUGUCAAGCACGCAAUAUUAAGACCUUCUUGUACAUUCCAUUCCGAAACAGUUAUAUUUCAUAAGAUCCAUCCACCUAUUUAUUGUUUUAGUUACCCACUAUUCUCAAUUCGAUCUGUAAACUGACAUAAUUUUAAGAAAAAUUAUUCUACACUGAAAUUGGUGAUGCCCUGAGAAGUUUGGGUUGAAGCUCCUCUGGGAAAAUAUAUGUGCUGACUGAUACUCUCAUGUUACUUUAAUUAUAAAUGCUAUUUUCUGUAAUAGUUACUAGAAAUUAAAAGUAUGUUCGUAUUAAGGCAAAAAAGAUUAUAUUAAUAAACCAUGUUUAUAUUG